UAUAUUGAGCGUUACCCGUGAAUGUAAGAGCGUGUGUGUGUGGGGGAGACAUGGACACGGUGGCACGCAUCUCCAACACCUCUCCAAUCUCAUGCAUCCACACGUUUCCUUCCCAAUCCCCUCACUUCCCAACCUCUUUCGCCAUAAUCCGGGUCGGACGCGGGUCAUGGACUCCAAUUCGGGCCUCCACCACCAACGCCGAGAGACGGGAGGUUGUAUUGCCACCGCAACGUGACGACGACAAGCAACUGCAGAAGGGAAUAGCCGAGUUCUACGACGAGUCGUCUUCCAUAUGGGAGAACAUCUGGGGCGACCACAUGCACCAUGGCUUCUACGACCCGGAUUCCACCGUUUCGGUUUCGGAUCAUCGCGCGGCUCAGAUCCGAAUGAUCGAAGAGUCGCUUCGUUUUGCCUCUAUAUCUGAGGAACGUACGAAAUGGCCGAAGAGAAUAGUUGAUGUUGGGUGUGGCAUAGGGGGCAGUUCUAGAUACUUGGCCCAGAAAUUUGGGGCAACCAGCGUUGGUAUCACUCUGAGUCCUGUUCAAGCUCAAAGAGCUAAUGCUCUUGCUGCAGCUCAAGGAUUGGCUCACAAGGUUUCUUUUCAGGUUGCUGACGCUCUGGAGCAACCAUUCCCUGAUGCGCAGUUUGAUCUGGUGUGGUCCAUGGAGAGUGGAGAGCAUAUGCCUGACAAAACUAAGUUUGUUGGAGAGUUGGCUCGGGUAGCAGCACCAGGUGGCACCAUAAUAAUAGUAACAUGGUGCCACAGGGAUCUUGGCCCUGACGAACAAUCCCUAAAACCAUGGGAGCAAGAUCUGUUGAAGAAGAUUUGUGAUGCGUAUUAUCUUCCAGCCUGGUGCUCAGCUUCUGAUUAUAUCAAAUUGCUUAAAUCACUUUCACUUCAGGACAUCAAGUCAGAAGAUUGGUCUCGAUUUGUUGCUCCAUUUUGGCCAGCAGUGAUACGUUCAGCCUUGACAUGGAAGGGUUUCACUUCACUCUUGACCAGUGGACAAAAAACGAUAAAAGGAGCAUUGGCAAUGCCAUUGAUGAUAGAGGGAUACAAGAAGGGUCUCAUUAAGUUUGCGAUCAUUUCAUGUCGAAAACCUGAAUAAGUUGAGAGGCAGGACUCAGCUUUUAUACAGAAUGAAGUCGGUUUCGAACAGGUCAGUUAUGUGCAUAGUUCAGGCAGAAAACGGAGAAAAAGAAAGUUAAAGGGAUUGGGUAUUACUAAUACUUUUCUUUUUCAUUUUUUAGUUUUCUACGUGGGGGUGAAAUUGAAGAUAGUUGCUGUUUGGACGUAGUCACAUGUUCCAUUUUAUUUUAUUUUGAGUUUAGUGUUUAAUUUCAUCUCUGGAUAAAAAAAUUUAGCCUUUAGAUUUGUAGAUUAAGGCAGGAUAUUUACAAUACUUUGUUAAAGAAUGUUUUUCUCCACCAAUUGGAUGUGGAUUUACUGCCUUCUUUCCCCA